AUGGAAGAAGAAGACGAUAAAGUGUGCUCUUGGAAGGUUUCUGUCCAGCAACAACAGCAGCAAAUGCGAUCGACAUAUCAGCAUCAACAGCUACAAACACAACAAAAAAACAGCAGCAAAUGUAUUCAACAGCCAGAUUCGGCUGGAGCUACCGAACUCGUAGGUGAUUAUGGACCGAAAACCGACCGAUUGAUGGAAUGUUCGACUCCAAGGAAAUUCGCAGCAACAAGGUGGAAUACAAACGCAAGCGUACAAUCAUUUCAAUCUAUAUACUACUUCGUCAUCUGCCCGACGGCAGCGAGCUCGAAGAAAACCAAGUUCCACAGUUUUCGCAGAAGCAGCAGCGCAGCAACGACGCAACAAAGUUUCUAGCCUGGAGCGACUUCAUCCAGUUUCCAGCAGGCCCUGGCCUCCCCAUCUUUGAAAUCUCCUCACACAUUUUCCGGAUUGGCCGCUUUGACGUCACCCUCUCUUAUUCCAUCGUCUCCAGAGCUAGCCAUUUCCGCCGGAUUUGAGAACAUCGGCGAAAUGGAAGAAGCAACGAGUGAAGCUCAAAAGAGCCUCGAACUGAACCGCAAAAUUUCAACUCAGUCCAGCCAUUUGAGCAUUCGCAGGAGCAAACAACCAAGAGGAACGAACCUCCUGUUACAAAACGCUGAAACAUUGGAUUUUGACGUCGAAAAUGGCCAAGGUUCACGAUCGCCGCUGGAAGGUGGAUCACCGGCAGCCGCCGCUGCCGCCGGAUUGGUACUGCAGAAUCUACCUCAGCGAAGAGAAUCCUUUCUGUAUCGGUCCGAUUCGGAUUUCGAGAUGUCGCCGAAGUCGAUGUCGAGAAACUCCAGCAUCGCCAGUGAAAGACUCAAAGAAGUGGAAGCACCCACGAUUACCAGCACGGAACGAACGCAUGUGGAAGAUCUGAUCGUUACACCAUUUGCGCAAAUUCUCGCCAGCCUACGUUCGGUGCGAUCGAACUUUUUCAACUUGACAAAUGUUUCACCGCCCAAAUCAAAACGAAAUAACGUGCAAGUGACACCGGCUCCAAAAGCACUGACCCCCGGAGACGAUUCGUAUGUGAAGCUGGCUUUGGAUACGAUCGACGAGUUGGACUGGUGUCUCGACCAGCUGGAAACGGUACAAACGCAUCGCAGCGUGUCUGACAUGGCGUCCUUGAAGUUCAAGAGGAUGCUCAACAAAGAACUAUCACACCUUAGCGAAUCUAGUAAAUCUGGCAACCAGAUAUCUGAAUAUAUUUGUUCGACUUUCUUAGAUAAACAACAGGAACUGGAUAUCCCCUACAGCAGAGAUGAUUCGGAUUCUCACAACCCGAGCACGCUUUCCCGUAGCCGAUCGCCCCGGAUGGGCGAACGAAUGUCGCAAAUUUCCGGCUUCAAGCGACCGCUGCAGCAUACCAAUUCUUUCACCAGUGAUCGAUUGCCACUGUACGGGGUCGAUACGCCGCACGAGCAUCAGUUGGGGCCGGUUCUCAACCAGAUCGACACCUGGGGCAUCGACAUCUUCAGAAUCGAAACCUUAAGCAACAAUCGACCGCUGACCUGUGUAGCUUUUGCUAUCUUUCAGGAACGGGACAUACUGAACACUCUUAUGAUACCAUCCAAAGUUUUUCUAGCGUUUAUGACAACCUUAGAAGAUCAUUAUGUUAAGGAUAAUCCAUUUCACAACUCACUGCACGCAGCGGAUGUGGCGCAGAGCACCCAUGUUCUGCUGAACACACCGGCCCUAGAGAAUGUAUUUACUCCGCUAGAGACCUGCGCAGCACUAUUUGCCGCCUGUAUACAUGAUGUUGAUCAUCCUGGGUUAACUAAUCAGUUUUUAAUUAAUUCAAGUUCAGAGCUAGCAAUUAUGUACAAUGACGAGUCCGUACUAGAAAAUCAUCAUUUAGCAGUUGCAUUUAAACUCUUGCAAAAUGAAGACUGCGAUAUACUACGCAAUAUACAGAAGAAACAACGUCAAACUUUUCGGAAGAUGGUAAUCGAUAUGGUGCUUUCAACGGAUAUGUCGAAACAUAUGACACUGCUGGCUGAUCUGAAAACUAUGGUGGAGACUAAGAAAGUCGCCGGUUCUGGAGUCUUGUUAUUAGAUAAUUAUACUGAUAGAAUACAGGUUUUAGAAAACUUGGUACACUGCGCUGAUCUCAGCAAUCCCACCAAACCGCUACCAAUGUACAAACGAUGGGUUGCCAGGCUGAUGGAGGAGUUCUUCCUGCAGGGGGACAAGGAGCGAGCCGCCGGCAUGGACAUUAGCCCGAUGUGCGAUCGGCACAACGCGACAAUCGAAAAAUCGCAGGUCGGCUUCAUCGACUACAUCGUGCAUCCGCUGUGGGAGACGUGGGCGGACCUGGUGCAUCCGGACGCCCAGGACAUUCUCGACAUGCUGGAGGAGAAUCGUGAUUACUACCAGAGCUUAAUACCACCUUCGCCGCCGGCGCUCGACGAGGCGGACGAUAAGAUUCGUUUCCAGAUGACACUGGAAGAGGAAAGUGCGUCGGAAAACGAUGAAUCGAAUCGCGAUGAAAAGCCCUAAGAAAUCUGCACAUUAUUUUCACCCUGCGGCUCUCCCCCAACAUAACGAAUAUACAUUUAAUCAAGGACUUUACAGAAAACAUUAGGCAUAUACUCAUCAAACUUAUGUAAUCACGUAAUGCAAACCAAUAUCCAAAUGAGAUACACAAAACCAAUGGAAAAUAAUAGGAAGGUUGUUAGGGAAAAUCAAUACAAAACGAAAACCAAAACAAACAAACAAACAAAUAACCAAGCAACAAUAACAUACAUGGACACAUACAUUAACAAACGUACACAUACACAUACACAUAAACAGCGCCAGGGCUGGUUCCCUGCGUUAAGUAUAUUUAAAAAAAUGAAGAGUUGUAAUUCGUUAAUAAUUUAUUAGUUGAGGGACAUUUUAUGAUGAGCAACAGAUGUUUUGUACGAUAAGUUAUUUUAUUUUUGAUACGUCCGAGAUGUAUAUGUUGAAACCAAAAAAACAGAGAAGAAUAUGUAAAACAAACAAGCAAACACACCACACGAAUAGCGGAAUUUAUACCCAAACCAAAAAAGGGAAUAUCUUAUUUAGUAACUGUAAGUUGUAGCGGCUAAGUGCGCAUACAACGGAGGAUCCGGCGACAUCGAUCUGCUGGUAGUUUCAUGGAAAUGUUCAGAUCGCCUUCCUCCAUGUAAUACUGUUUUCAUAUUCGGUUUUGAUUUCCAUCCCUGUUCCGUUAAGUUUCUUAAUGUCAAGAAAAGGAAGAUAGCCCGGAUUCUGUCACAAGUAUGACGGAUUUUGGUUAAAUCGCUGUGAUUUUUCGAAGGCACCAGAUCACAUGAAAAUGUUUUGGUUUCAUUGGUCAAAUGAUACCUAAUAUGACGAAAAAAAUAGAACCAAGCGGAACGGAAAGCGAUCGAAAUCAAACGUUGAAGAGUCGAGAAAAUGAUCGUUGAGAACAGAUAACAAAUAAAAUGGUUACACAACUGAUGAUAUUAUACGGUAAAACAGACAAAAAGGAAAACUAUCGUAGAUCAUAAGUAGUUAUUAAAUAGAAGCAAUAUCAGAGCAAGGAAGAAUCGAAAAAAAGGUGUUUAACGACAGAUUCUAGUACGAUAAUAUUUGGAAGUUGAUUCUCUGUGUAAAAUUUGUUUCGCUCGUUGUGUGCUUGAACCCGUUUUGGCAAAGAUUUUCGUUUCGUUGGAUCGUAGCUACAAAUGUCGGAUGUUUAAGUAUAGUUUUGUAACAAUUUUUUAUAUAGCAAAGCAAUUUCAAUUUAAGGAAUAAAUGUUGAACAUUUAAAGUAAUCCAUUUGACAUUUAACGUUUAUUGAUUCAUAUAAACUUUCUUUUCUACUAUGACUGGCAAGGAUAUAACUUCUAAUGAACGUCUUUUUCUUGAUCUAAAACCCAUUCCUUUCAUAUAAAUCUUUCACUUCAACAGUCCCCACCGAAAACGGUUUGAUCAAUCGUAAGUCUAUCUUAUAGUGUUUGUACACCCAACCGAGAUGCUCGCCAUUCCCGGAUUGGCAAUCCUACGCUUUUUUUUUUCAAAAUACUUAUUGGAGAUAGUGCCAACUUUGCUUUACUUUCAUUAACCCGUUCCAAAGAUCCAUCAUUAUUGAAGAUCUAAUCCAGAUUUUGUCGAAUUAAAUCUUUCAAAUGCUAUUCAUCGGAUCUUAUUGAAAUUCCGAAGAAUUUCUCAGCAAAUAAUUUCCAGCGGAAAUUCAGAAGAAAAAAAAAACGUUGGCGAGACAUAAUGAGUACGAUUUUUCAUAACCAGCAGAUAAAUCGUCGUAGAGUAGAUCUCGGGUCGUGCAAUGUCAUGACGAAAUCUAUUUUUUUUCGGUUUCUUCAUACGACGAGAAUGACUGUUGUCAUCCCUAAACUAGACUCGUUUCGAACUAAAUUGGAAUCUUCCUAUGACUAAGUUUUAUGAAGAACUGGGAAUAGUGGAAUAUGAUAGCUCAACAACAGAGUUAGUUUAGUUCGUAUGUUAGAGUUUGGUAAUGAACUCUUCAACUGUGCAAAAAUCACUUUGAUAGAGUACCUACAUAAUAAAAAAGCUUCUUGGAGUCCUUGUGAUCCUGUUGCGCUUGAACAUAUUGUGCAGAAGUCGAGGAUUACACGUCGAGCCCUUUUUAUUGAAUGUACGCCGGUGCCAACUGAAAAUAUUUUUCUAAAAGUCAGACCGUUUUCGAAGAUUAUUUUUACAGGUUGUUGUUGACAUUCGAAUUAAACGUAAUUGCUCGCUUUGAUGAGUUUUGUCCAUUUUAUUACUUUGAUCAACUCUGGCAUUCCUGUGAAGUCAAAUGGAUACUUUCAUUUAUACGCUACCAAAUAUCAAAAAUGUUACAUUCGAAACUCAGUACAUUGUGGUGAUUUAUGAUUGACUCCGAGCAUUUUGUGAUUGCCUGCGAACAACUAUUCUACAAAAACGCAUAAAUUCUAAAACAAAACAUACGUUCAAUCAUCAUCGAAAGCUGAACUGUGGGCGAUUUUAUUUGUGCAUGGAAUCACCGAUCAAAAUCACACAAAGAAAUCACGCUGCAAAAAAACAACACAAAGAUCAAGAAUCACAUAAACGAUAGAAAAACGUACAUACACUACAUAUAAGCAGUGAACAAAACUGUCUCGAAGCGGAAAACCUUUAACAAUUAGCGAACAAGACUAAUUAAUGAGUAAAACCAAAUAAAACUAUAACGAGAACAAAACCAAACAAAGUGUAAUGCAGAGAAUCAUACAAAAAAACUGUCUGAUUACGCUAAUAAUUAGUGAAAUAUCGAUGUGUGUAUCUAGUUUCGAGAUUUAGGACAGAAGAAGUAAGUAAAAAAAAUCGUGAAAAUGUAACUAGAAUUUCAAAGAGGAAAAUAUUACCGAACUGGGUAGAUAGUUUAGAUACUACAUUGGCUGAUUUUAUUUUAUUUUGUUCGUGAUUUGCGACAGCGUUACCAGGUGUUACAAUCGAUGGGAUAAAGGUGCUGGUCACCCAAAAGCCAAGCAAUAGUCAAACGCGCGUACCAUUAAACAUUGUUUAGAACAAAGUCUUCCAAAUAAUUCAGUUUCAUACUUUCAUAUUUCGAAGCUUCUAACAAUUUCGAACUGCAUUCAUUUGGUUACAAUAAAACUGAAUUGAUUCUUACUACAAGUUUCGCACUAUCCGACAGAUAUUAAUCAAACUCAGGGCACAAACUUGAUUCAGU